AUGCUCUAUUCAUUGGUUGUGAAGCCGAUCCGUACAGUAAUCCCGGGUUACGGUAGCCGUCCGCUGGCCUCUGACGUUUUGGCGGCUUAUUUGGAGAAGCGUCAGUUUCCCAGCUGGACCAGCUAUUUUAUUCGUUAUCGGUUCGUUUUGGGCUCAGAAAAAGGGAAAUCUAUGUGAAAAGACAAAUAUAAUAACAUAAAUGGAUACUGUAGAUUAUUUUCAGCUGUGAUAAAAAAUUGAAAAAUUUGCUUGAAUAUCGAAAAAGUACUUUUUUUCAAUAGGAUGCUUGGUUCAGCUUCAAAUCGAGGGUUUCUACUCUGAAAAAUCGAUUAAAAAAACAGAAAACACACAGUGAUAAUAAAGGAAACACAAAAUAACGCUAUCCCAAUCGAAACCGAUGUAAAAUCAUCAUUUUUCACCAGAAAAGCAUUCUUGCGAUCAAAGUUUGCAAAUUAUACAUGAAUAGAGAGCUUUGGUGACGAAAAGAACUUUGGUGACAACAGAAAAAAUUGAAAAUUGAAAGAAUCGAAGAAAAAAGCGAAAGUCCGAAAAAUGGCGAAGCCUGUUGUCCAUAGAGCGACUUUACUGCGAAGCGCCCUUUUUGCGGGAACUCAAACUUUCCUCCCUCCGACUUUGAAUUAUUUUUUCUUCAAAACUAGGAACUUCUGUGUGUUUACAAGUUCCCCGUUCGAUUUGCGAUGAAAAGCUCUACAAAGUACUGCUUUGAACUGAAAAAUCGUUUCUUACUGCCCCUAUGCCUUUAAAAAAACGUGAUCGCAAGUAGAAUGGCUUUUUCCCUCCAGAGUGGUCCCUAUAGGGGCAAACUUGGGAGCCCUUCAAGUACCCCUAGGGACCACUUAAGUUUUACCCUUAUUUAAGCAGUUAUAACCCCUAUAGAGACCCCCCUGUCGUUUGUAACUAUAGUCAAUGUCGUUAAGCGAAAGCCGGUUUUAGUCGGGUGCACUUUAGAGCAAUCGCUUGGCGGCCGAGCCAUUCCACAUGCGGUCAUGUUGGAUAUUGCUGAUUUUAUUGCAUCUUCAGAAGAAAGUUAACCAGAAGCCAUUUUUAUAUAUUUUAUUUUAAGCUGUUUAUAUUUUUUUGAAUAAUAGACUCAUUUGAAUCGUUCCUGACCAGUCUGCGCUCUCUUUUCUCUCGCAACAAGAAGUUUCUUUUCCAGCGACAUCCAGGACAACGACUACGGCCGCAAACACUUCAACUUCUCGGUCAAAGGGCAUAAUUAUCACGUUUUAAGGCGAGUUUCCCUGGGAUUAAUCAUAUUUAUGCAUUUUUCAAAUCUCUCAUUCUUCUGCUGUAAAAUUCAUCAUUAAUAUAAUAGCCAUAAACUUUCAAAUUAGGCUGAAGAACAGGCGAAAUUCAUUGCCAUGAUCAGGUGUGUUAAAAAAAUAUCUUGGAAACGCCAGAGGGGAAAAAAAUUUUAUUUUUUGAUUUUAAUGAAACUUCAUUCAGCGUGAUAACCAAUCAUCAGAAAUGCGGACACAACUUUUUGAGUCAUUCCCUCUUACUGUAGCCGAGUUACGGUAGGCAGGUGGGCACCUGCGUAUCUAAGUAUUGAACAGUUUUUACUAGGCGAAUGAUAUAUCAAUCGAUAGGUAAUCCAAUUUCAAGAACUUUUACAGUACAUAUCAUCUUGGGUUACUGUAGGAAAAAAGUUCCUGACGAAAAUUUGCAUCCUAGAGGGGUAAAACUUCAGGGGCCCUCAGAGGGGUCAAUAGUCUUACUCCUAAGCGCUUAAGUGGCCCCUUUAGGGGUAUUCAAAGUUUUUGUUAUGAUCUGAAAGUUGAAGAGACAGUUGAUUUUAAAAUUUGUGGGUUUUUUCGCUGUUCAUUAUCUUGUUUUUGUACCAACGAAAUACUCAAUUUCGCAGAAAGUCUGUGAAAAAAUAGAUUAGACCUCCCUCUUUCGAUUCAUGUAAACUUUACUCUAUUUUCCAUAAUUUUUUUAUUCCGUUUCUGUUUUUUUUUCUCUAUCAACUCUAAAUGGAUUAGCGCAACCAAGCCUUGUGAACAUUGUAUAAAAUCUUUUUUUUUUUCUCGACUCUGUAGAUUGCCUAAAACGCUCUGUGGAUGGCUCGCUUUCUGGUUGGUUCACCGCGUCAUUAGGGGCGGAGCUUGAACUUUUGGGGGCGGAGCUUGAACCCGACUCGAUAUUCAAGAUCUGAACGGACAUUGAUGUCGCUAAUCCAAUUUUUCACUGACCUUUGAGCUGAAUUUAUUCGAAAAUGAAUUCCGGACGGCAAUAUAUUUCAGCCAAUCACCAAAAAGUGUAAAUUUAUGCAAGCGGCGGUCGAUUGAUUGAUGGCCGUUUUUAGAGCGAAUCGGUCCAUUCUCAUCAAUUAUGAUGGCCGCCUUUCGGUCAACUUUUCUUCUCGUUUUCUUCUCAUCCAACGAUCAUUCAAGCCUUUUUUCAUCGCUCAUCUCUCUUAACAGCUGAAAUUUCGCCUUUUCUCUGUCAGUUUUUCAGAUUUUUUCGUUUAUUUUUUGAAAUUUCUCUUUAUGAACAACUUGUGAAGCUUCUAAAAUAAAUUCGAAGGCAAUACUAGAAUACAAAAAUUACGCAAAAUUUAAUUAAACGUGAAAAAUUUUUAAUUGUCGUAAAGUAAGAUGUUUUCUGCAGUAGUGUUUGCGUCCUUUUGAUUUUACCGUAAUCAUUUCCACUUUUUUUCAAUUUUUUUCUCAAACUUUUUCCCUCUGUUAACGAUUUUACAGAUUUUUUUGCUCAAGUAAUAAGUUUAUUAACCAUUUUUUUCAUUACAUCCGAUGACUAUUUUUUUGUUUAUGAACACUUGGAACGCGAAAAAGACGGACAGAAGGCCAAAAUUGCGUUGAUUUGGUGGGAAGGUCAUCGUAAAAAAAAUUUUGAGGCGCUCAAAGUUUCCCAUGAGAUAUUUAACCGGUUUUUUUAAUAUGUGAUUUUUUGCUAGAGUGAAUUUCGGGAAGUUUUAAACUUUAACGCUUUUUUUGAAAUUCUGUUUUGAGAAGUUGACUUGACCGUUUCAACUGAGUAUUUUUGACGAAGAAGGCUAGUUCGAAGUAAUUAGACUUUCUAUCAAUAUUUGGAGCUUUGAAAAUUUUUUUCAGUACAAAAUUACGUAUUUCUUCGAAGUGUGUAUAGUUCUUAAAAAAAGAUGUUUUUUUGAAAAAUUUUUGAUUGACUUGAAAUAAAAAAAUAUUCUAUGUGCAAUGUAAAUCUCUAUCUGAGAGCAUUUUUUUGAUAAAAAAAAAUAUAAAAAGGGAAUUUUUCAGAAAUUUAAUGAUCAUCUUCGGAAAAUCCAGUCAGAAAAUCAAAAUAGCGAUAACUUUAUGACGUCAAUAAAAUAAUUCUUUCCCUUUUUUUGGUCGGAUUUCUCAUUUUACGGUUUUUUUACUUGAUUGACUAUUGGAUAAAUUUGGUCUAGAUUUGCAAUGUUUACUCCGAGCCUUCACCAAAAGAUUUUUCCAGAAUCUACUGGACUUUCUUUUUUUGUUCUAUUUUAAGGCAAGUCCUCACUUCUUCCUCAUUUCUUGAAACUUUCAAACUUAACUUAUCGUUUAUUUUUUUCUUUUUUUGUUUUUUUAUUUCGGUUCAUUUUUGAAAAAAAGCCAAAAAAAUAAUAGAAAACCUUAAACUCAAGUAAUUUUUUUGAGUUUUUCCAGACAAGGGAGGUCAAUUUACUUAACGAUUGGGAAUUUUCUGGAAUUGGCCAGAAUGCUUCUUGAUGUACCAGAAGAAGAUCCUAGAUCCUGAAAGUCUCAUACCGCAAAUUUCUAGUUUUCGGAAAAUGACGAUUCGAAGUCUCCUAAAAAGCCUAUUUUUGGAUACUUUGAGGUGUCUUUUCUCGAAAACUGGAAAGUUUUACAGAUUGAAAAUUUCAGAACCUCCUUCUGGUACAUUAAAAAGUGUUCAGGCCAUUUUUCACGAAUUUCCCAAACGAAAAGUAAAAUUACGUCCAUGGUAAGGUACACACGGCCACGAAGUUUUGCGGAGCGAAAAUUCCUUUUUUGUCCCUUUUAAAGGCGACCCUCACUUUCCACUCACUUUUUCCUACUCGGCUGGCGUGUAUGUUCGUUGUUGUGUACGGCUGGCAUGGCAGAAACACGUGUGCCCCGAAGACAUUUUGAAAUCGGCCAGGCGGUUAGAAAAGGCAGAAAGAGUGUGUGGUUCCCGGAGACGCAGAGAUGCAUGCCGUGGAGGGCGUCUCUCUUUCUACUUACACACUUCGAAUCGCUCCGAAUGGAUUUUUGCUAUUUUUCAACUUGUUUUGAAACCGUUUUUUCAUGGAAUAUUUCAAUUUAUCGAUUUUCUGUGAUCUUCGCUUUGAUACUUUUCGAAAAGUAGCCCAUGCUCCUCUAAAAAUCGAGGAGGAUUAUUUUGAAAACCUAGACUUUGCAAUUUUGACUGGUUUUCGAACCGUUUUUUCGUAAAAUAUUCCAAUUUUUUGCUUUUCUGCGAUCUUCGCUUUGAUAUUUUUUUGAAAAAAAUUAGUCUAUGCUCCUUUAAAAAAAUCGAAAAUAUUUUUGAAUAAUCUCGCUAUCUUCAACUUGCGUUAGAACCGUUUUUUCAUGAAAUAUCUCAAUUUUCCGCUUUUCUGUGAUCUUCGCUAUGAGACUUUUUCGAAAAGUAGCCUAUGCUCCUUUAAAAAAAUUGAGGAAAAUAUUUUUUUGAAGAACCUUGCAAUUUUUCAACUUGUUUUGGGACUGUUUCUUCAAAUUUUUUUCCUGAAACUGUUUAUAAUGAUCUAUUCACUGUAUUUUUCUAGUAAUUUACAGUUUUCAACCUAUAUUUUGACAGAUUUUUAUAUUUUUUUUCCAGUUUUUUUCCGUCAAUUUUUUUCACUAGAAGUAGAUUUUUUCCACGCAGUUUUCCAAGUUUUUCCUGUUUAUUUUCCAUAUUAUUCCCUUUUUUUCGCGGAAACAAACAGAAAAUGGCUCCGUGGCUUACGGAUUACACAUUUUUUCUUCUUUUUCAAAUUUCCCAUCAAAUUUUUAUCAUUGACCUUGUUUGUACUGUCCUUUGAUAACAUAUCGGCAUCGAUAAAUUCAAUUUGUGCUGUCCUACUCUCGGUUUCAUUCAUCUUUCACUUCAAAAAGCUGCUUCAAAUAGUUUUUCUUCUUUAAAUUGGAUUAAAUUUCAGUGAUUUUAGUAAUUUGAUACACAAGUUUCAGAAUGAAAAAAAAGAAAAAAUUGGAUUUCUAAGUUUCGGUAACCGGAGCCGUCUGUUUGUUUGCACAAAUACUUGUGAAUCUUUUUUUUCGUGAAAAGUAUACCUCAAGAUUUUCUUUUUCUCAGAAAAUAUAUUGAAUUUUAGUAGGUUUGUAUGGCAAAUUUGUUUUUUUCUAUCAGAAUUUUUCUCAAAAAUGCUGAGGCUCUGAAAAAAAGGGUUUACAAUUUAAUUGUUCAGUUUGGAGCUCUGAAACCAUUAAAAAAAGAGAACUGUCAGAAAAAUCCAGUUUAGGUUUUUUUCAGUAAUUGUUAUCGUGUUUCUAGAAAAAUUUAAUGAGUUGGAAAUUCAGUUUCUUCAAUUUUUUGGCUCAAAGUCCUGAGUAAGCUUUCUUCUCUCCGAAAUUAGGUAAAUUUGGAGCUCAUGAUUUUUUUAUGAAAAUACUGAAUUUUUAUUCCAAUCUUAAAGUUCUAUAUCACGGAGCAUUUUCUUUGUUGGUCCAAAAGAUGCCUCUUUGUUGAUAAUUGAAUAUUUUUUCAGUUUUUUCUCUUUGAUUGGCGAAUUUUUUCGAUAAUUGAAAUGAUCGCUUUGUUAAAUCGAGCGUGCUGAAGUUUUUUUAUUUGAUUUUUGAUUUAUUUUUAACUUUUAGGUAAGUUUUUUUAGAUUCAGGUCAAAUUGAAGCUCAGUUAAUCAUUAAAGUACAGAUUUGAGUUCUGAUUUACUGAUUUUGAUUCCAUUUCCAGGGGUUUUUAAUUUUUUUUUCUUAUGAAAAGUGUUCAAAAAUAGAUUGACUUUCAAAGGUUCACAUCUUAUCUUCUGACUUCCCUGGGAAAAUUUCCCGAACACCGCGACGUUUCCAACAGUUUGUCGAGCACUUGAGCCGCGCGAUUGAGCUUAUUUCUCUACACUUGUGUGUUAUGUGGAGAGUCGUUCGAGUCUGAUAUUUCUUAUAUUUUCCUCUUUUUUGUCUUUUUUUUAAAUUUCAAAUGUUAAAUGAUAGGAGGAAAAUCCAAUAGACCUGCUUUUAGGCUGACCAGGUGUUCCAACGGGUGUACCCGUAUUAAACCCCCGUUUUUGAAGCUAUUUGAGUCGCAUUUGGGCUGAAACCGGGACAAAACCGGGUGCAAAAUUAACUAGGUGACCAAAAUGGGUUUAUUUCGAAAAUCUGGGACCCAAACGGGCUAAAACAGGGCCUCAGCUGGGGUAAAAAAUACCAAGAGUUUUACCAGCUGGGUUUAAAAGGGCAGAAGGGAACUCAGUAGGGCUAAACCGGGACAAAAACGGGCAAGAAGAAAUAGGUGACCAAAAUGGGUUUAUUCCGAAAAUCUGGGAUUCAACCGGGCUAAAACAGGGCCUCAGCUGGGGUAAAAGAUACCAAAAGUUCAACCAGCUGGGCUUAAAAGGGCGAAAGGGAACUCAGUAGGGCUAAACCGGGACAAAAGCGGGUGCAGGAGGUAAAAGGCGACCCAGGUGGGUUUAUUUCGAAUAUCUGGGACUCAACCGGGCUAAAAUAGGGCCUCUUCUUUUUAUAAAAAUUCUCAGUCCUUCCGGCUGGGCUUAUAAGGGCUUAAUACGGGCACACCCGCUGAAAUCCCGUUUUAGCUCAGCUGGUUUUAACUUUUCUAGCAUGAGAGCUUUUUCUCAUUUUCUCAUUUUUUCCUUCCGAUUUUGAAUUUUUCCCAAUAGUCCAUUCACCCCUUUCCAGAUGUCCCAGACCCAAUUCCUCGUCGGAAACCGAAAAGAGCAAUAAAACCCUUUUUGGCGGCCGCCGUUAAAAGCGAAAAAUCCCCCCAAAAAAGGGCAAACAUAUGCCUAUUUUACCUGUGUUUGAGAAGGCGAGUCUAACCUGAAAAGGAGCCGACCAUUAUUUAUUGAUGUUUUUUGAGAUCGAAAAUAUUUAAUUUGCGUCAUUCUACAGAAAUUUCAUGUUGAUUUUGCUGUGAAACCGGCUUUCAAAUGUAUAUUCUCAAGCAAAAUGAAUAACCAAUACACGCAUCGAAAAUAUUAUGUUAUCUUUUUCUUCUCCCAGAAUCAUUUCGAGACUUGGUUGCAUUUGGAAUGGAUCAGCCGUUGAUAUUUCCAUUUUUCUUGAUCUUAAAAUGAAUUUUUUAUCAAUUUUCUUGAAUUUUUUAUUUUUGUAACCUCUGACCUGACUGAAAAUGUGCAUUUUUCUUGAUUUCGACGGAUUUUUUUUUUCGUGAAAUUCUCAAUUCUUGGUUAUUACGAAUCCUCUCCCAGUCAGCAUUUUCUUUUAAAGGAAUUUUAUAAAACUUCAUUAGGUUGAAACGAUUUUUUGCAUCAUUAUUCUGAAUCUAUAGGAAAAAUGAUUUUCUUGAAGUUGGUCUCUCGAAGGAACUUUUCAAAAAUAUAUCGAAUAAAAUGGAAAAUCGGUUUUUUGGAUGAUUAUUCGAGAAAAUUGGCAUUUUCGUCUAGUUAUUCAUUUGUUUUGACCCCUAUUUACUUUGGACAGUAAAUGAUCAGAAAAUGGAAAAUGAGCGCUCGUCAGUUCGGAUAUCAGUUAACGCGUCUUGACAACCGUGACCAACCUUUUUCGUCUCUUUAGAGAUUCUCUAAUGUCUCUUAUGACUUUGACCAUUGAAUAUAGUCGAUUCGCGUCAAAUUGGUCGCAUUUGGAAUGGCUCAACGGUUGAUUCAAAAAUGCGCCCGACUUAAAACGGCUUUCGCUUGAUGAAACUUUUUCUUAGAGCUCUUAAUUUUUACAGAUCCGCAGCGCAACCGCAACGCGGAGAGCCAUUCUACAUGCGACCAUAGCUUUUCGAGAUAUUUAUUAGUUAUAAUUUCAAAAAGAAGGCGGUUUUUUUCAAAUCAUUUCUUUUGUUGAUAAAAAAAUAGUUUCCUGUUUCAAGUGUAUUAUAAGACAAAUUUUCGGAGUUUGCUUUAAUCUUUUGUCUUUUUUCCUUAGGAAAAUACAUUUUUUUUUUUCGAUUUUCCCCUUUCGAUGCGCCGUUUUUCAGGCUGAUUUCCUGAUUUUCUGUCUUUUUUUGCUUCAAAUUAUACAGUAUUCUAUAAAAAAGUCUCUUUUUCGUCAAAAAAAUAAUGAAGAAUUGAGUUUUUCGCUUUUUUUUAAUAUUAGUAAAAGGAAUUUUCCAAUGGUUGUGUGACGUUUCUUUCGGAAAUUUGAAAUUCCUCUUUACUUUUUCUUUUUUUCGCUCACUCAUUGUGAGCCAGUUCUCCCGCUUUUUUCUUAGUUUCUUUUUUUUCAGUUGCUCGCAACAACUUGUUCCAAGUUUCCCGUGUUCCUUUCUUUUCUUCGUGCCCUUGGACAAUUUUUUCCGCUCUCUUUUAUGUGCUUGUUCAAGUGUGAACGACUUUUCGGCCAAGUUUUAUAACCCUUUUAUCGCUUUUUGUUGCUUUUCGAAUCUAUAUUUGACUUGAUAAGGAGGUUCUGGAGCGUUUUUUGGAUCUUUUCCAUAUCGAAAUUUUUGGGAAAUUUGAGAAAAAUGAAGUUUCUUAGCUUCAAAAUUUGAAAAAUAGUGAGAAAAACUGUACUGGCCACUUAAAAGGUCACUUGAAGAGGACCCUAAAGUGGCCACUAAGACUGCCUUUAUAGAAGACACUAUUUGGAGUCUCAGUGGCCAUUAUAGUGGUUUUGUGAUAUAGUAGUACCACGUAGACGUUCAAACAAGCCAGUCACUUAAGUGACCACUAAUAAGUCAAACCCCUAAAGUUUCCACUGAACCGUUUUAAAGAUUUCAAAGUUUUUAACAAGAGGAGGAAAUUUAAAAAAUGUCAAGCAGCUGAAAAAGGCUCAAGUGGCCACUUAAGAGGUGCCUUAAGGGUCACUUAAAGAGGCCACUAAAGGGUAACUGCCACAACUAUAGAAACCACUAUUCUGCGUCUUAGUGGCCACUAAAGUAGUUUUAGUGAUCAAGUAGUACCAUUAAACUUCUAAAGAGGCCCCUAAAUUUUAGCCAAUGAAUCGGACACUAGUCCGGCUUUUAUAGUGGCCACUCUAUCGUCGGAACCCUAAAAUGACUACUAAAAACUUUCCCAGUAGGUUCAUUUUCCCACAUCUUGUUCGGUUUUCAAAUAAUAACUUGCGAAAAAAUUUCCAAGAAAAAAUAAAUUCAAGGCCUCCUGUUCAAAGUGAGUUAUUUUUUAAAUGCAUUCUCAGAAAAUAAUUUUUUUCACUAUGGUUAGAAUAAGCGUUUUUGAUUAUUCCUCAAGUUUUGAUACCAAUUUUAUACCAAUUUUCAACUCCAAAAGCUCUCCAAGACUUUUGAGUUCACUUGGAAGUGAUGAUAAGUGUUUCUAAUGGAUCAAAACAGACCUCAGCUGUUCGUCAAGGACUUGUCAGGCCGGGAAGAUUGAUCUGGCGGCGAUUCUCUGCACUUUGGCCGUUCCUCCACUCAUUUGUGUAUGCAUUUCGAGGGCCCCAAAUGUCACAACAUUCCCCCGAUUCACCACACGUUCUUUCCGAAUUCCAUGAGAGCUCUCGAAUCGUCUUUCGUCACUUUUUUGGUGGCUUUUAUCAACUGGGAAAUUUUUAGUGGCCACUAUAGAGGCUCGCCAAAGACUACUUGGAGAGGACACUGAUGUGACCACUAAACCCACCUCUAUAGUGGCCACUAAAACGGAAAAUAGUAGUUUUUCAUCCAGUAUUCCUUCAGUAACUCUGAUAAUUUUAAAACAAACAGAUUGGACCAGUUAUGUUGAUCAAUCGACCCCUAAAGUGGCCACUAAACAUUUUAGUUGUCUAGUAGUAGCCCUUAGACCUCUAUAGUGACCACUAAUUUUUAAACCCUUAAGUGGCUACUAAAUUGACUACUAUAGUGGCCACUGAUACGUCGAAAUCCUAUAGUGCCACUAAAAAUUUUCCCAGAAUUUUAGGAAAUUUUACCUUAUGGAAAACGUAAAUAGUAAACUGAAGCUUGUAAAAUAUUCUUUCUUUGAUUGCUUUAGGUAUGAAGGAACAUCUAACCAGGUCAAUUUUAAAGUUUAUCAGGAUUUCCUGAAGCCGUGAAAUCAUUUACACCCAUUUGAAUUAAUAAAAAAAUUUUUUUAAUUUUUUUUUUCGACUAGGAUUUUGACGUCUUUUUGUAUAAUUUCUUAACAUUCUGGCAAAAUUUUUAGUGACCACUAUAGUAGUCAAAUUAGUGGCCACUAUAGAGGUCUAAGGGCUACUAAUAGACAACUAAAAAUUUUAGUGGCCUCUUUAGGGGUCAAUGGAUCAAUAUAACUGGUCCAAUCGGUUUGUUUCUAAAUUAUCAGAGUUACUGGAAGAAAUACUGGAUGAAAAAGUACUGAAGUGGCCACUAUAGAGAUGGGUUUAGUGUCCACUUUAGCGUCCUCUCCAAGUAGUCCUUGGCGAGCCUCUAUAGUGGCCACUAAAAAUUUUCCCAGUUUCUUGAGCGAAUUUUCCACUUUUUCGUCAUUUUUCUAGUCCCUUUUUCAAUUUUUAAAAGGUCCUUUUUUCAUUGUGUAACUCUAAAACCUUUUGAAAAACUUUUCUUCGGUUUUUUAGGGAUUGUAAUGCAUUUUGGACGAGUUUUAGGACAUCUGAAAGAAAAAACAAAUUUAAAAAAAGUAAAAUAAAAUGAUUUUAGAGAUGAUACGAAGUCCGUUUAGCCUUUUUCUAAGCAAUUAUUUUUUUUUCGAAGCCAAAAUGAUCGUUUUGAAAACUAUUGUCAAGAAAUUUUCCCCUUUUAUUGCCUUGUUUUGGCGUUCCGCCACUUUUUUCCACUCUCCCGGCUUAUUUUUUCAUUUUCUUUCUUCCAAUUCAAACGGAUUAAUUGGUUAGUUGCCUCGACGCUUGGAGGCCGACCGAGGGGCAGAAAAUUAAUGUCCGAAUGGAAUUUCAAUCGAUUUUCCCCACACUGAAUACCAUUGAGGUUUUGCCGGUCACGGGGGUUUUCAUCCGAUUCUAGACUCCCCAUUGUCCGCCAUGACCUUCUUUUCGAGGUUCGUCGGUUUUUGGCAUUUUUCGCACGCUUCAUUUUAUGUGCCUUUUUGAUACUAUAUUUUGCAUCAUCAAUGUAACAAUAAUUUAAAGAGCGACUUCUUUUUCACCUUGAAAGAGAAGACAGAAAACUAGGCAUACUUAGGAAUGCUGAAGUGAUUGCUAUAGGUGUUAGGAGGGAAAAUAGCCCUAAAGCAGCAGUGGUCUCUAUAGGGGUAUGUCAAUUUUUUGUUCGGAUUGGUCAACUCAUCUUUUUUUGACAUUUUGCAUUCAAAUAAAAAUAAUUUAUUGAGUUUUUCUCCAUAGAGUUGAUAACAGUAAUUGACUAGGAUUUCCCCUAUAGGCAUCACUGACUGAAACCCCUAUAGGUGCCACUUUUGCAAUCGAUAGCGGCCCCUACAUAGGGGAAGUCAAGUGAUCCCGAGAGAGCUACCUUCAAAGACUUUUUAAAUGUAUCAACCAAACUCAAAUUUUAUAAUCAACUUGAACUUAUCUGCAGAUUCAAAAAAAUAUAAUAGAUCGAGUUUUUUUCCGAUAUUAUGCGAAUCAAGACCAUAAUUCCUUUGAAAAAAAGAAUAAAUUUUGUUUUUUUCUUCAAUUUUUUUAAUAACGUCCUUAAAUUCAUUUGUUUGAGUUACCUAUGGAAUCUUGUCUCAUAGUCGGUCUUAAUUUUUCUUAAAUUUAGGUCAGAUUUGAUGUUUUUUUGUGUUUUUUUCGGGAAUUAUCGUAGUUUUAUCCGAUUUGAUUAUUUUUAUCUCCAUACAAGCAUUUUUUUGAAGUUUAACCAAAAAGUUAACAGUUUAUCGCAUAUUUAACUUUAUAAAAUGUGUUUUAUUCAAAUUUUGAAUCAAGAGACAUCUUUAAAAAGUCCUAAAUGAGCCUGGAAUUUCUAGAAAUCGCUCUUUGAACAGCAGAAUCAAAAGAAAGUUUUACUUUUUUCCUUUUUCCGCAAGUCUCGCUUCGUAAAAGGUUUUUUUUGUAAUGUUCCCACCCCUGUCAGAGAACGAUUCGAAAAAAGAAACAUUUCCUGUUUUCCUCACCCUCAACCUAAAAGAACGGCGUUUGUUGUACCUUUCGCAACAAAUCGCGACUCGAAAAUAAACAACAACCAACGUGGGAAAACAGUGGGAGGAUCCCAGUGAAAAGGGGCGGAGCCAGUGGAGUUGGCCCCGCGCCAACAACUGAUCUGUUUUUCCCGUUCUCUUCUCUUUCUUCUUUUUUCUUCUUUUCGAGAACUCUUGUUGCGUUUUUUUUGUGUUGCUCUGCCCAAGAUGUUGGGUUUUUCAAGGUACCUUUUUCGUAAGUUUUUUCCUUCAAAUUUUUGGAAUUGUAACUUUUUAAAAUUUAUAUCUUCCAAUGAGAAUUAGAAAGCCGAAUCUUGAGAAAAAUUAUAUUUUUUUCUGGAUUUUUUUCCAACUUUCAAUGCCAUGAAACUGAAGGAAAGUUGCUUUUUGGAAUUUUUGAAAAGAGAAAAAAAGUAUUUUUUUCCUGCAAAUAAUUCUUUUUCAUAUAGCUUUUUGAUAACAGUUUUUUUCAGUUUUCUUUUUUUCAAAAAAAGUAGGAAUUUUUACUUUUUUUAAUUUGAAAAAAAUCAACCUGGAACUUUUUUUGUGUUGCUCUGCACAAGAUGUUGGGUUUUCAAAGCACAUUUUCAAAAAGUUUUUCCUUCAAAUUUCGGAUUUAUAACUAUUUAAAAUCUAUAUCUUCCAAUAAGAAUUAGAAAACCUCGAUUUUUUUAAAAAGUUGAAUAUUGAGAAAGUAAAAAUUGUAUUUUUUUCUGGAUUUUUUUCCAACUUGAAAUGCUAUGAAACUGAAGGAAAGUAGAUUUUUUUGGAAUUUUUAAAAGGAGAAAAAAAUAUUUUUUUCAUGAAAAUGUUUCUCUUUGGUAUACCUUUUUUUAGAACAGUUUUGAAUUUUUCUUUUUUUCAAAAAAAGUAGGAAUUUCAAUCAUUUUUUUAAUUAAAAAUAAAUUAACCUGGAACGUUUUUGUGUUGCUCUGCUCCAGGUGUUGGGUUUACGAGGUAACUUUUUCAAAGCCUAAGCCUAAGCCUGAAUUUUUCCAGAAUGAAAAUUGCUUUUUUUAGGAUUUUUAAAAAGAGGAAAACUUUUUUUCCUGGUAAUUUUUUAUACCUCAUAUAUUUUUUUAAAACAGUUUUUUUGGGUGAUUUUUCAAAAAGAAGGAUUUUUUUCUCUGAUUAAUUUUUCUCAUAGUUUCAGGGUGUGUGAUAGUAUCUAUCAGCCCAAAAAAAUAAAUCAAGAAUUGAAAUUUUCUCCGAAAUUCGUUUUUGAUAAAAAGAAAUUUUUUUCUGGAUUUUUUUAGAAUCGUUCUGUUUUUGAACUUUCAUGGUAGAAUGGCUAUUUUAUUACAACUUCAACUUCAAAAAAAUUCAAAAAAAUAUCUUCUAAAGGUUUCAAGCCUUAUAGUAGUGACUAUAAGAUCAUAGCUGAAACUCCUUUUUUUUUCAAAUCGUAUGUGAAAGGAAAAAAAAGAGGCUGCAUUCGACGUAGCGAUUGUGCUCUCUUGAUAAAUUGCCGCCGAUAUAUUUCUUUUCGCCGUUUGCUUCGUUUUUCUGUUUGCCAGCUUUUCUUCUGAUUUUUUGAAAGAAAAGAGGUGUUAGGUGUGUAAUUUUUGAACUUUUCGAAAAAUUUGUUCAAAAAAUUCGUUAUCUCUAAUAACUUUUUCUUGGAAAAGUCAGCUCGAAGUUUUCAAAUUUUGUUUUUUUUUCUGUGAGAAUUAUCCAUGAUAACCACUCCGUGAACUCAAUUUUACCAGGUUAUUUUCUUCGUUUAAGACUUUAAAACUUGCCUGAAGCGUAGUUAUGACGGUUUGUAGGACUUUGAAAUGACUUUCAAGCAUUGGAAAUUUUGAAGUUUCUGACGCUCUGACUGCCAUUUUCUGAAUUUUCUCUCAAACCGCAGCGCGACCGCAACGCUUCAAGCCAUUCUAAUUGCGACCAAGUAUCAAAAUAACAGUUGAUUCAGUUUUUUUUUUCUCUAAAGGCUUCUGAAUGUUAGAAAUCUUGAAGUUUCUAAAGUUUAGACGGUAUUUUUUUAAACUUUUUACUGGAACCGCAGCGCGACCGCAACGCUUCAAGCCAUUCUGAUUGCGACCAAGUAAUAAAAUAACUGAAAAUCCGGCCUCUCAAGGCCAAUAAUGCCUCAAAAAUCCUCAAAAGGACUCACGAGCGUCGGAAUUAUUGAAGUAUUUGACACAUUUUUUCAAAUCUCACUCGGCGCCGUGACCGCAACGCUCUUAGUCAUUCUAGUUGCGACCACGUAUUGAAAUAACAGUAUAUUCCGUUUUUUCAACGCUCAAAAGCCUCUAACGGCUUACGAUUGUUGGAAAUCUUGAAGUUUCUGAAGGAGUUUUUUUGAAAUUUUCCCUCGAACCGCAGGACGACCGCAACGCUUCGAGCCAUUCUAAUUGCGACCAAGUAUCGAAGCGACUUAAAAUCCAGCCUCUCAAGGCCAAAAAUGCCUCGAAAUCCUCAAAAUGACUUACGAAAUCUUGAAGUUUCUGACGCUUUUACUGCAGUUUUUGGGCUUCAGACUUGAACCGCAUCGCGACCGCAACGCGUUAAGCCAUUCUAUUUGCGACCAGGUAUCCAACUAACUGAAAAUCCAGCUUAUUGAGACCAGUUUGAUUUGAAACCAUUCUUUUUCUGAUACGAUUAGUUUGUACUCUCAAAUCUCAGAGAGCAACUCCCAAUUUUUCUCUCCUUUUGUCUUGAUUCUCGACGAAAUUUGACGCCCCACCGCUUUGUUUAUACGUUCUGCCGGGAGCAGGAACAAUGUCCUCGUUUUAUUGAUCGGUCUCCGACUUUCAUUCACCUGAAUCAUUUCCAGAGUCGGUUGCUAUCCCUACAUCAAGUAUCACUGCACCCGGCGACCGUACGCCGACUUGUCCUUUGAAGACCGAUUCUUUCGUCUCAUCACGGUUGCUAACUUGGGUUGGUUCUUUUUGAAGAGUUAUGAGUUUUUCCGAAAAACCGAACUUUUCAUGGUUUUUAAAAAUGGAAUUAGCUGGGAUAGGAAAAAGGGCGGGGCUUGGCGGUCUUUGGAUUUUUCUCAUGAUUCAAGUAUAUUGAAAAAAUGGACUGAAGUCGAGAAAAAAAGAUUUUUCAGCUUCUAUGGUUACUGUAGCUUGCAAGAUAUCUGCAAACACAUUGACGGGAUAGCUGUUUUCAAUUUUCACUCAACUGAAACCUUUUAGAGCAAAAGACGAGAAAUUUUACGUGCUGAAGGGAAAUUAAGUUAUAAGUUCUCUUCAAGGGAUCACCAAAGAGUGAAAGUCCCUAGAGGGAUAACUUAAAAAGAACUGACUUUACUUUACCCUAGUGACGUCUAGAUGGCUAGCACGCCUACUUUGCAGAAGUGCCGUUUUUUUUUGACUCAAAAGUGGUCACUUUAGAGAUAUUAGGGAUAGCGGUGAAGCUAGCGUGUUUGCGGACUACAACAGCUACAGUAACCAUGUUAACUGAAAAAUUUGGAACUUUGAUCUAAUAACUUCCGUUUUUUUCAUCGAUUACUGAAUUAGUUAGGACUCCGUCGACAAAAGAAAAAAAGAAGUUGAAUAAAACAAUUAUAACAAAAAAAUAAGAAAAAAAGAUUUUUAUUGAAUAUAAAAAAAUGUCAAGCUCUGAUUAUUUUUAACUAUUCGAAAUUUUUUCUGAGACUUCUUGCUUUCUUUUGUAUAAAUAUAGUCUCAAAAAAAUGUGAAUGAACGUUUUAAAACAAGACUUUUGGCGUGAUAAAUGACGACGCGUUUAAUGAGGUGAUGCGCCUUGAAAUUUAUUGCCCAUUCUCUUGUCCCUUGGUUUUGGCCCUAUUUAUCUUCCCAUUCCGACCUUUUUCUUCAAAGAGUUUCGAGGUUUUCUACACUCGGUAAAGUAUUGCGUCAAGUGUGUUGAAUUUUAUGCAUUUGACCCAAGUUUUGUGGCUCAAAGAUAAAUUUCGAAAAGAAGCUCUGAUUCAUUUUUAUCGGCCACCUGUGGUCGAAUGUUUUCGUGGGUUGGAACGCGCCAUUUUAUGGUUUUUUUUUUGGAGAAAGAGAUUUGUUUUGAUCGUGGCAUCGCUUUCUUAACCAUCUUCUUUUAACGAUUUUCGUUUUUCGAAACUUUUUCAAGUUUUUUUGUAAUUUGAGAUUUUUUGAAUUAAUCAAAAAUGAUUUGAAUUGAGCAAAGCUGUCUGUGACUUGUAAGCUUUUGUAGCCGGAAGCUUAACAGCCCGACCUGAUUCGGUUUUCGCUCGGCGUCAUCAUGAAGCAUUUAAGAUUGAAAAGUUGGUGAAAACCUUGAAACUUUUUGAAAAAACGCGUAAAAUUAUUCAGUGGAUUGACAUGUGCGCUCCAUGCUGAUUUGAUUUUGAAAAAAAAUCGAUUUUUCUUCUCAAAUGAGUCAUUUUAUCUCGAUCAGUUAGAACGAUUGGUAACUGGGACCUUGGUAACGCAAACCGGAUGUUUCCGAGAGUUUCUAGUGGCCACUUGAGUGGCAUUAGCUCCCUUAAAGGAUCAUUAUAACGGCUCAGGAAUUGAUAAAAUAACACUUUGGAUGCCACUAAAGUGAUCCCUAGAAGUCCUCAGAACCAUCCAGGCGCGUCCGAUUUGCAUUACCAGAAUCUGAGAAGCCUCUUUGUUGAACAAACUCUUGUCAAUAGAGCACAGAUGAGUCGGCAGCCCUUUCGGAGGCUUUUAUUUCCGACCCAAAGAGGAAGGACCAUCUGUCUGGUGUGUUCCCCCGUGGCGAGUGUUUUGAAUGCGUCACCCGGCCAACCGCUCCAUUUUUUGUCUUUUCACCCUUACUCCACUAAAAGUGCUUUUUUAAAUUCCUUCUCUGUAAAGAGAUAUUAAAAAAACAAAAAAUAACGUGUUUUUUUACUAUUUUUUUUCUGACGAUUUCUAAAGAAUUUCUGAAGGGUAUUAUAGGGGUUUGUUGUUUUAGGGACCCCUGUAUGUGGAGCGUAGGGAUCCUUAUAGGGAUUCCUCAUAGGGCCUCUAUAGGGACCCCUUCAAAGUUUCUCAGUUCGCUCUGGAAAAUGAUGGAGCUUGCUGUCAAUAUUCCAGUAAAGAGACGAGUUUGUAGGCAUCCCGUGCGCCCUGUAUGGCCUGGCGGCGAUAUUUCUGAUUCGCCACCGCGACGACGUCGUCGAGCCGACCACCCGUCAACGCGUCACACUCCACUUCCUCAUCGAGGAGGUCCACAACUAA